AUGGUUUCAGAGCCACUACAUGUCGGUGUUCUGCUCGUGGAUAUCGUUCAACUUCUUGAUCUGUCUGCUGUUGACCUCUUGUUUAUGACCAGCCCCGAGUAUCUGACGGAACUGGGGGUUCCCAAGCCUAUCAUAGACCUCGGCCGUCCUUGCAAGAUCUCUUACAUUAGCCUCAACGGACCAGCAAAGCGCAAUGAUCUCACAUCCCAUACCUCGAUUCCUAUCACGCAUUCUUUGAGCGAUGCCGAAGUGGCCCCUGGUAAGUUGGACUUGAUCUAUCUCCCAGGGCCACCACCCAAGCGCAUGCCACCGGCAAAGGAGUACAUCGACUUCCUACAGAAACACAACACUGCAAACGUGACAAUUCUUAGCAUCUGUACUGGGGCCUUGGUUAUCGCGCAUGCAGGUCUUGCUAAGAAUAAGAUUGUCACGGCCCCACGAUUUUUGAUUCCUGAAUUGAGAAAGAAUUUCCCCGAUGCCAAGAUCUGGGAUGAUACGGUGCGAGUCACCAAGGAUGGAAAUCUCUGGAUGUGUGGCGGCAUCACAAACGGCCAAGAUCUUAUGAUCGAUUACCUUCGCCAAAACUACCCAGCGCCGGUAGUGAACGUUGUCCUCACCGCAGCAGAAAUUUCGCCUCGUGACUUGGCAUAUCCAAACGGCCCCAUGGCUGACUUCCUCUAUAUGUUUUUCCAAGUAGUUCGUGCCCUUCCAUACUCAGCCCUGCGGUUGAUUAAGGGCAGCUAA